AUGAGCCCAGAGAUAGUGAAGAAGAUGGAGAGAAAUGCCAAGGCUAAAGCAGGCCGGCAAGAAAAGGCAGCCAAAAAGGUGGCACAGAAAGCUGCCAGCACAAGCGCCAACGUACUGCGCAAGUCUGACGACUCGGACUCUGAACACGAUGAUCCAAAGACUGCACACCCCCGAAAGAAAUCUCGAACAGAAACUCCCACCCCCAACUCUGACGUGCAAGACAUUUCUGCCUAUGUUCUGGUAACUAGUCCACUCUCCUCGACUCUAAAGGUCCCUGCUUGUGGGAAGGUAGCCAAUGCACUGCCAAAGGUUAUCCCACAUGGGCUGUUCUUCUUUGGUGUGCAUACAACGAGUUCCUCCAGGCAAUCACAACAGCUGUUGGAUCCCACAGACUCGCCGAAGAUGGUGGCCAUGGUGAUGUCAAUUGGUGAGAGGAUCAAGGACCACGUGAUUGAGGUUUGGAUACCACCACAGACGAAAUCACUGGAUGUUGUGCCUGUGGGCUGGUAUACAGGGAAGGAGAAUCAAGUUCCUGAGGUGGACUAUGAUGAGAUAUUGAACCCGCCACAGACAAUGUCGAUUCAGGAGCAAAUGGCUGGCCUUGAUGUCGCCACUUCACCUGGUUUGACGGUGUUACGAGAGCAUUACCCCAUCGGCAGGUGUCCCCUCUUCCCCAACAUCCAUGUCUACAAAAGCGGUGAUAAUCAUUGGGAGCUCAACGAUCUUCGGCUCCAGAUCUGGGCUGUUCAUAUGGGGAAGGGUGCCACAAACAUUGAUUGCCCCCCCGCAUCUGCACAUUUCGCUCAUGACAAAUGGCUUCGAGUAUCAUCAGCAGCCACAACUGCAUCCACUGGUCCCCUAGUCCAGCCCUGCGUUGCCUUCGUCAACAAUGGGCGUGAUCAGAAUCUCUUUACACAACAUCUUCUCUUCCAAAAUCAACAGCUUACAAAUCAAAUUCAGUCUUUUGAGCCCUUUCAGAUGCCCUUCACAAAUCCUUGCUUUGCUGGACCUACUCCCCAGUUUGGUUUUGGUGGCUAUCCGGUCCAGCACCUGCUGCACACCAUUCCUGCUAGCAGAGAUGUGCCUGAGCACCCCCGUAAAGUCACCCUGGACAAGUUCUGUCAUGUUCACAAGGUCUUGGACAGUGAUUUUGCAAAGCUGCAGGCUCUCGACUACGUACCCGGCGACUGUGGAGUCGAAACACUACCUCGUGAAGACUGGAGCAGUGCUGGUUUCGUGACCUUGUCAUGGGACCAGUUCCUCAAGAAGCAUCAUGCUUUCAUCAAGGAUGUCUGCAAUAUACACUUUGUCUGA